CGUGUCCGAAUGAUUCAGUGAGUCAAGAGUGUCAUCGGUUGUUUACUUGUAUCACAGUGUCUAGUUCAGACAGCAGUGUGUGUGUGACACAGCUGUCCAUAGCAUCUCCCCGAACAACGUGUUUUGUAAAUUCAGAUGUACGAUUGAUUUUUAUUUAACUUCGAAACUCAGCUAAAUAGUUUUUAUUAUUGUCGGGCCUGUGUUGAAUGGCUUUCAGCGGGUUAGCUCUCAGCUAGCGCUAACCUUCUAGCGCUCAUCAAAUUCAACCGGUUCAGUUCGUUAAAAACACACAACAGCACUGAAAAUGUCGUGCACGUGUGCUAUAGCAGCGAGAAAAUUCAUAAAUUCAGCUCAUAAAGGAAUAUCCGGCUCCAGGGUCCAGUUACUGUCACUGAGCCGUCCAGGGACCCGUGAGGUUCGUCUGGCACGCCGCGUCCCUGUGAGAUCCUUCUCAGAGACGGCUGUGUAUUAUGCAUCAAAGGAUGGAGUAAAAGAUGGAGAUGGUGGGAAGAAAUCUGUUGGUGAAGGAAGUGGAAAAAGAACCAGCUCUGGUAACUCUGGCAAAGGAGGAAGUCAGCUGAGGUGCCCCAAAUGCGGAGAUCCCUGCACACAUGUAGAAACAUUUGUUUCAUCAACACGGUUUGUGAAAUGUGAGAAAUGCCACCACUUCUUCGUCGUGCUGUCAGAGACGGACACUAAAAAGAGUCUGAGUAAAGACCCGGAGUCUGCGGCAGAAGCUGUCAAGUUGGCUUUCCAACAGAAACCUCCUCCACCACCUAAAAAGAUCUUUGCUUAUCUUGAUAAGUAUGUUGUGGGUCAGGACCAUGCUAAGAAGGUAUUGUCAGUGGCAGUGUACAAUCAUUAUAAACGCAUCUACAACAACAUGCCGGCGGGCUCCAGGCAGCAGCAGGUGGAGGUGGAGAAACAGGCCUCGCUCACUCCUCGAGAGCUAGAGCUAAGACGGCGAGAGGACGAAUACAGGUUUACAAAGCUGCUUCAGAUCGCAGGGAUCAGUCCUCAUGGAAAUGCACUGGGCGCCUCCAUGCAGCAGCAGCUGAACCAGCAGACUCCUCCCGAGAAGAGAGGAGGAGAAGUGCUGGACUCCACACACACCGACAUAAAGCUGGAGAAGAGCAACAUCGUCCUGCUCGGACCCACUGGCUCUGGUAAAACACUUCUGGCUCAAACGCUGGCCAAAUGCCUGGAUGUCCCCUUUGCAAUCUGUGACUGCACCACGCUGACCCAGGCAGGGUAUGUGGGAGAAGACAUCGAGUCAGUCAUCGCAAAACUACUGCAGGACGCCAACUAUGUGAUCGAGAAAGCUCAGCAAGGUAUCGUGUUCCUGGACGAAGUGGACAAGAUCGGCAGUGUUCCCGGAAUCCAUCAGUUAAGGGACGUGGGAGGAGAGGGAGUGCAGCAGGGGUUACUGAAGCUGCUGGAAGGCACUAUUGUUAAUGUUCCAGAGAAGAACACCAGGAAGCUGAGAGGAGAAACGGUGCAGGUCGACACCACCAAUAUCCUGUUUGUAGCAUCUGGAGCUUUUAAUGGACUUGACCGCAUCAUCAGCAGGAGAAAGAACGAGAAGUAUCUUGGGUUUGGUACACCGUCUAACAUGGGGAAAGGCAGAAGAGCGGCGGCAGCAGCUGAUCUGGCCAACACCACCGGUGGAGAAGUGGAUGCUGUGGCCGAGAUCGAGGAGAAGGACCGGCUUCUGAAACAUGUGGAGGCCCGAGACCUUAUUGAGUUCGGAAUGAUCCCUGAGUUUGUGGGUCGUCUCCCUGUUGUGGUUCCUCUGCACAGUCUGGAUGAGGAGACGCUGGUGCGGAUCCUCACAGAGCCACGCAAUGCUGUCGUGCCUCAGUAUCAGGCUCUCUUCAGCAUGGACAAGUGUGAGCUCAACAUGACACCUGAUGCUCUGAGAGCGAUUGCCAGAUUGGCUUUGGAGCGUAAAACUGGAGCACGUGGACUCAGAUCCAUAAUGGAAAAACUGCUGCUAGACCCCAUGUUCGAGGUGCCACAUUCAGACAUUGUGUCUGUGGACGUUAGCAAGGACGUUGUGCAAGGAAAAGCGCCGCCUCAGUACAUAAGAGCUGCAGCUAAAGAGUCCUCUGAGGAAGAGUACGACUCAGGAAUCGAAGAGGAAAACUGGACAAGACAAGCCGAUGCCGCCAAGAACUAAAAACUACAGACCCGCCCGAGUAAAAUCACCACAUUUUUUUUAGCUGGUUGCUCAGCUCGGUUUCUCCUAAGGGUCCAUUUCUCACUGUAAGCUUGACUUGUGAUGAUUCGUUCCUCAUUUUGAAAACUCUCCCUUCACUUUAAGCAAACCAAGCUUCAACCAGUCGUCCUCCCUAGAGAGAUUGCUAACAGUAUGUGAAGCGUAAAGAUCAUUUCAUUUUUAUCGAAAGCUCUUUUAUUGGACAGUGAAGUGGGAAAGUACACUGUAUGAAGCAAUUAGUUGACUCUACUUAAAAAAAAUAAGUGAGUAAACCCAUUGUUUUUUAUAAAGCAACUGGUGGACAUUAAUUUAAAUCAGUGUUUCUCAACCACGUUCCUGAAGGGCCACCAACACUGCAUGUUUUGGAUGUCUCCUUUGUCUGUCACACCCAUUACAGGUCUUUCAGUCUCUGCUGAUGAUCUGAAUCAAGUAUGUUUGGUUAAGGAGACAUUGAAAAUGUGCAAUGCUGGUGAUCCUCCAGGAACGUGGUUGAGAAACACUGCUUUAAACACUGAGUUGCCUUUAAUUAAUUAAAAAUUAAGUCAAAUCAACAAUUCCAAGCUAUAACAGGUUUACUCACUUCAAGUAAAGCCAACUUGUCACUUUUAAGGUUAUCGCUUGCGUUAAAUAACUAAUCGCUUUUUACAGUGUUCGAUCUUUAAAUAUACAUGUUUGAUUUCACUUUCCUUUCUCUUUGCCCUGUCUGGAAUAAAUCUACACAUUGAUGUCACGCUGAUUAUGAAUUUAUUAUACUCUUAGCAGACACUGAUAGGAAUCCUUAUCAAAGAUACCUUCACAAUGUGACCAUAGCAAAUCAAUUAUUGUAGCUGAACUGUGUGUAAUAAUUAGCAUCCCUCUUAAUAGAUUAAUUUAACAAACAUCAGUUUAUGAACUGACUUCCAAUUUGGCUUUUAUUAUUAUUACUAUUAUUAAAGUGGGAUUUUUAUUAUUAACAUUUAAGCUGCUAAUGUGUUAUUUUGAGGGUCGUUUUAGGACAUGGCUUUUGCAAUUUGAGCAAUAUGUGCUAUACUAUAUUUUGGCCCUGCGAUGAAUGAUUUAUUUGCAUCAAUUGCUGUUUAAACAAAGACUUUUGGUCUCUUAUUUAAUUUAAUUUUUUUCAGUAAGUUACACAGUGAUCUGAAUUCCCGGUGUUGGUCAUUCUCAGUCUCUUAACAAAUGGAUUUUGUUUCUUAUUGAAAUGCAUUGUUUGUUAUUGAAUAUACUCAUAUUAAGUGCAAAGUGGGAAGGGGUUACUUUAUUGUAUAGAGAGAGUAGAAACGAUGUAUGUUUUCUUUCUUUUUUUCUUUUUUGAUCCUCACACUUAAAGUAAAAAAAUAGAUGUACAAAACCAAUGUAUGUAGAAAUAAAAUGUAAAUAUUAUCACGGA